AUGUCUUCUCAAAACGUUGCCUCCUCCUUCCCUUUGCCCCCCGAAUUUUACAAACGAUAUACUGAUGAGAACCUUGACAAAUUAAAGCGGAUCAAAGAACAUGGCAUUGAAGCUUUUACAAGUGCAGGCGAUACUCUGCCGCAAGAUUUUGACAUAUUUGAUCUAGAGCCUCCUAAAGUGAUAACAAAAGGCUCCUACACGAUGUUUAAUGAACCUUGGCCAGUUGUUGAUCGAAUGCGUACUUUAGAAGAAAACGAUAUGCAGCAAUUAUAUCCAAAAGGAGAAAUUGAUAAAGCCUUAGAGCUCAAAAAAUUGAACAAUUCUGUAGUUUUCAAUUUUGUUGAGUUGUUAGAUAUACUUGUCAAAGAUCCUGAUCGGGGACCAGACAAGUGUGAGCAAAUAAAAUUACUUUUAAUAAAUAUGAAGUUUUUGCUUAACGAAUAUCGACCUCAUCAAAGAGACGCUGCAAUUGAUAAUGAAAGAACAAAUAGAACAGCGAAAGCUUGCUACAAAGGAGAUUCAAAAGCGUUGCAACGAAUUAACUCAAACACUGGCAAAUUUAAAAAACUCAUGGAAAAAUUUAGAUGUUGUCAAAAUGGAAUUGGCACGUAA